CGAGGUCCCGUUGUCUCUGCGCUACUUCGAAGUCUCGCGAGAUUUGGGAUUUGGGAGCUCGCUGAAAAAAAGCCCGGUUGUUCUAGCCUUUGCAACAGCGGCGGAACCGGAGCUGAAUUGGAGCGUCUCAGGUGGACAGGAGGCAGCAGUUUCCGGCUCUUCCAUUUUCUACCCAGCGACACCUCCUCCUCCCUCCUCUCCUCUGUCCGCGUCACUCCGCAGGAGCGUCUGGGAGCCGCGCCGUAUCCGUCCCGCAUCGGGUCACCUUUGCGCUUCCCCAUCGGAAUCUCAACCUCAUCCGAAGAUGAAAGCUGUCCAGCCGGGAGCCGCAGUCCUGUCCCUGUCGGUGGCGAUAUUCGGGACGCUGAUGCUGCAGUCCGUGUCUUCCCAGAACGCGGGCUUUGUGAAGUCCCCUCUGUCUGAGACCAAGCUCACUGGUGACACCUUUGAGCUGUAUUGUGACGUAGUAGGUAACCCCACCCCAGAAAUCCAGUGGUGGUACUCGGAGAUCAACCGAGCGGACUCUUUCAGGCAGCUGUGGGACGGCGCCCGCAAGCGGCGGGUGUCGAUCGGCACGGCGUACGGCGUCAACUCGGUGAGUGUGCUGGGGGUUUCGCAUCUCACGUUGGAUGACGCUGGGACCUAUGAGUGCAGAGCCAGCAACGACCCUCGGCGUAACGACCUCCACCAAAACCCAGCCACCACAUGGAUCCGAGCUCAGGCCACUGUAACUGUGCUGCAGAAGCCAUCGAUUGUGGCCUCUGAGCCGUUCACCAUUACUCGAGAAGAAGAGGAGGUCUUUUUGAAGUGCAACCUGACCAGCGCCUACAGUACCCCCCAGGAGAGCUACUGGAUGAAGAAUGGGGAGGAGAUCGCUGACACGCGCACCUCAAACAAAUACAUUGAAUACAGGCUCAAAAGACCAAGAGGAGAUGACGCCGGCAUCUACAUGUGUGUCUACACCUUUGACAUGGCUCCUUCUGCUAACGCCACCAUUGAAGUAAAAUCUGCUCCCCUGAUUACCGGCCAUAAGCGCAGUGAGAAUAAGAAUGAGGGCGAACGCGCUGUUCUCUACUGCAAGUCUGUGGGAUACCCUCACCCCGUCUGGACCUGGUAUAAGAUCGACGACUCUUUCAUUAAGGAAAUUGACAACUCAUCCGGACGCUUCUUCAUCAGCAGCAAAGACAACUACACCGAGCUGCACAUCGCCACCCUGGACAUUAACCUGGACCCUGGCGAGUACAUGUGCAAUGCCUCCAACAUUAUUGGCAACAACAGUGAGACGUCUGUGCUGAGGGUCCGCAGCCUCUUGGCACCGUUGUGGCCGCUGCUGGGCGUUUUGGCUGAGAUCAUCAUCCUGGUUAUCAUAAUCGUUGUGUACGAGAAGCGCAAGAAGCCAGAAGAUUUACAAGACGAUGACGACCUAGCCGGACCAGUGAAAACUAAUUCAACCAACAACCACAAAGACAAGAACCUUCGUCAGAGGAACACAAACUGAGAAACAUGUCUGAAGAGUCUCAUUAUUCAUGUAUUGACCAUAUGAAGGUAAACGAGAAGGAACUCCAUGUCAGUCGCUCAUAAAAUGUAUCUGCCAUUAGAGAAGCGGUUUUGGGGCGAGUUAAAUGAGGCAUGCCUUAUUAUUUUCCUGUGUGAGGGUGUGUGACAUGAAGGUACUUGAACCAUAACAAAGUUAACAUUUUACCCACUGUUGCUGCAUGCAGUUGUUGUUUGAGUUUUUUUUUCUUCUCGAUCACUAAUAUUAUAUUUUUACAACUUAUAAGGUAAUGCAUGCAAAAUACUGACCUUCUGUUUGACACAGAAAUGGCUUUCUCUCUUAUUUUUAUUUUUUUCCUGAGGUUGUAGAAACUCUGUACUGUGAAAAAAAAAGAAACGCUGCAGUGGAAAAGAAAAGAUCACUAUAACCUGGUAUGACAGAUGUGUAAAGUUUUAUCAUUCUUCUGCAUACCGAUAAUUCAUUUUAUUAUAUCAUAUAUAUAUAUAAAUAAUAUAUGUAUAUCACAUUUAAGGGCUUUGCAGUGUCCCUCUAAAGUUGUUAAAGGUUUACUUUACUUCAUGUAUGUACUGUAUGUAAUAAAUCUCUAUAAUUCUGUAUGAAAUCACAAUAAUUAUAAAGGUUAUUCAUAUCAUAUGAUGCACUUAAAAUGUUAGUAUAUAUGAUGAACUGUACAAAUCUACUUUAGGAAGUCUGUACUAAUCAUUCUAACAUAUUAUUUUCUAUUCAUGUGUAUUGUACAGCAUGGCUAUGAUCCUAUGCAAUUAUUAUCCAUAUCAGUAUAUUGAAAGUCAAAGUCAUUGCAGCUUCUGAUUCUUCUGUGACAAAGCUUUAAACUAGUAGGAUCACCGUAGAGCGUCGACAGCGUACUCACACAGCUGCAUGAGUUCUCAUCCGCUGGCAUGGGAGGGGGUGUGAAAGAGCCCCAUGUCAGAGCCCACACGUCAAAUUCUAGGACUCAUUUUUAACAAUAAAUAUAUUAAGACAAAAAAAAAAA